AUGAUGGCCAGCACUGCCGGCAAAGGGAACUUCGGGUACAGAGCCGGAGCAGAGGGUGAGCGCGAAGGGUCAGGCCCUGCUGGCUCCUGGCCUGCCAUUGACCAGCUUGUGGCAGCUGUGCCGGUGCGACCGUACAUCUUCGCGCAGCCCCCGCGAAGCGUCGCAGCAGGUGGUCGAUAUGGCGCGCUGGAAUACCGUGGAUCUGUGCCAAAGCCGUACAUGCAUGGGCAGCAUGCCAGCUUCUCUGUCUUCAAGGGCGUCCUAACAGACAAUGAAGUGGCACAGCUGCUGUCAACCUGCAGUCAAGUUCUCAGCGAGGAGAUUCGGAGUGGGCGGGGAAGGGAGCCCGACCCUGUGGAUGGUCACCCGAGUUUUGCCGUGAAGCUUGCUGACAACGGCAUGUUUUCUGAGAUGCAGACUUCGUCCCCAGCGCUGCGGCCCCUGGUUGAAACGGUCCUGGUACCUAUGGUAAGGCAGCAGUAUGGCUGCCCAACGGCUGCGCUUUCAUCUGCGCUCUUCAGGCGUUUCGUGCCAGAGGAACGACGGUUCAUUGCUCCGCACCAUGAACACGGCGCAUUUGCUAUGGUCGUCAUCUCUCUGCAGGAGCCUUCGGCCUGUACUGGUGGCCUCUUUGUUCAAGGUUCUGGGAAGGCCUUUCUGGAUAGAAGAUUUGUGCAACUGGAACGAGGAGAUCUGUGCAUGUUUCAGUAUGAUCUUCAUCAUGGGACAGACGUGCAAGAUGGAUUUCGCUAUGAGUUUGUCCUGCACUUCAAAGAUUCAGCAGAAGCUGCGCUGGAUGGAACCUGUCCUUGGUACAGGACUCAAGUGGAGAUCAACGACCCUUCCGCGAUUUAUGGUUGGGCAUUGUCUUUGGCUUCUGGAAAAGAUUUUAGACGCGCGAAGGCUUUGUUGGACAAGGCAGGCGACGCUGACCACCCAGAAGCACUCUUCACUGCAGCAGAGUGGUGCUGGGAGCCUCCUCCGGGAUCUGGAUUGCAGGAGUCGGCUAGCACCGCCUUGUCGUUGUGGCGAAGAGCUUCAGAGAUCGGGCAUGGCCGGUCACAGAGCCGCUACGGUGGCCUUCUGCUGCAGGGUGUGCCUGGUCGAGUCCAACAGGAUGUCUUCGAAGGCAAACGGUUGUUGCGUCUGGCUUUCGAACAGGAUGAAGUUGAUGCAGGGUUCCUCUUGGGCCAGGCAUUGCUACAGGAAGGUGACCGAGACGGUGCAACGAAGAUGCUCGCAGCGUGUAUGAAGGGACACCCGCGAGCAUGUUUUCAGGUGGCAGAAAUGUACAGGGAAGGGCAGCACAAGUUCCCCAAGGAUCUGCAGCAGUCGCUUGUCUACACCAAGUGGGCUGCUCAUCAAGGGGAUGCACAGGCUUUAAGCAACCUGGGGCACCUGCUCGUGAACGGCAUGGGAGUGGUGAAGGACGAAGCAAAAGCAGUUCGAUUGUUCCGCCAUGCGGCGAAGCGAGGUGCUGCAGAGGGCAUGCUGAACUACGGUUUGGCCCUCUUGCGUGGCAGUGGUGGUGUCAAGGUAGACUAUCAGGAAGCGCUGAAAUGGGCACAAAAGUCAGCGGCGUUGGGCCACAGCCUGGCGCAUCAACAGCUCUCCACAUUUUUCAACGCCGCAAAGAAUCCAAACCCACCGGCUCGAUGUGUGCCAUCCUCGAUGGAGGAGCUACAGACGCUUGGAGUGAGAGACCUUCGAGAUUUGCUCCGUUCAGAAGGCAUCGACUUUUCCGACUGCGUUGAGAAAUCGGAUCUUGUCGCCCGAGCAGCCUUGCAUCUGCCAGGCGUUGCGGAACCUUGGGAUGCGGCACCUGAGCACAUGCUGUUGCUGGAGCCGAAGCGCCCAACCAAGGAAGACAUUUUGAGGCAGAGGGCGCAGGCAAAUGCACAGCCAGUCGGUCGCACAUCUCAGAAUGUUGAUUGCUUCCUGGUGUCUUUGCGUGUCUUGGUCUAG